GUGAGUCUUCAUGUUGUUCCUGGGGAGAAUUUGCAACCUCGCAGGGAAAAAAAAAUAUAUAUAUAUAUAUAAUUUUUUACAAUUGUGUAAUAUUGUUGUAAUAACGCAAAGAAUGUUCAGGAACCUUUCGUUUUGUUUCAUUAUUGGACGAAGGGAGGGAAAAAAAUAGAUUGGGGUCACAUACAUAACCGCAAAUGUCAUUUGAAAUGUCAUAUUACAGUUUGUCAUCUCGUGGAACAAAAUAGGUGAGGCAUCAGGCGUGGACUUUGAAGUCGACCGCUUGAGAGUCUGGGGGGGUAGCUUAACUAUAAAUUAUUUAUCUUUACCUGCGUGAGUGAUUAUUAUCAGGCGACUUGUAAGUUCGUUUUGUAAUCGUCGACAGGUUUUUUGUUUUGUUUUUUUUUUUUCCCUCACCCCCGAAGUUGCACAUGGGCCAACUAUGUCAACCGCUAAACUUCAAAUAGAUGCAGAAAGUCCCGGAGUGUUUGUGUGCGAGCGCCGCAAGUGAAAGCUCGACGGCUGCCCGUCAACGAUGACGUGUCGCGUAAUUAACGCGGCUGAAAGACAUGGGGGAACCCAAAGGAUAGUUCAAAAAAGAAAUAAUACUCAGAGGCAUGUCCGCGUUAUCGCCUGCGAGGAUUAUUGCGGGUUUCUGACGAGCUUUCACUGGAGGGGAUUAGCAAGAAGUGGGGUGUGUAGUCAAAAAGUACUUUUUACUUUACAGUAAUAUGACAAGUAAAAGUAGAAAGUAAUCCUCCAAAUAAUCAGGCGUGUAGUUGUCGGUGGAAAAAAAAUGGAAUGUUGGUUUCUUCUUAAAAAUACUCAAGUAAAUGGAAAAAGUGGCGGCACGGUGCCGCAGCCGGUGAAGCGUUGGCCUCACAGUUCUGAGGACCCGGGUUGGAUCCCGGCCCGGCCUGUGAGGCUUUACUGUAUUGGCAUGUGAAAUUUGGUGGCCAAUUUGGUGCGUAAACUUUAAAAAGUUGUUUUUGUGUGCGUGUGUCGAGUGCAGCGUGAACACCCACAUGGACGCGAGGAGGCCGAAGGAUGCUGCCAGUUUUCAAAUCUCCAAAUAGUUGGUUCCUGAGCAACAGCAACACACCUCAAGAGGACGAUGAGACCAUGAGCGCCGAGCAGGGAAACGCAACCAGCGCCCCCACACUGGACUCGAACCCCUUUUCCGACCGCGUGGGCGCCUCCCGGCUCGGCACGCAGAGUUCGGAGCGAGACCGGGAAAGGGAACCGAAUGAGCGUUCCGGGUCCGAACUGAGCUACCGUUCCUUCCCGCCGGCUCCGUUCCCGAGCGUGGCGGACGGCAGCCGGUCGGCGGGCUUCUCCGGGGACUGGUCGGGAUAUCCCGGCAGCGGCGCCGCGUCCGGGUCGGAGGGCGAAGAACUCUGCGGCUGCUGCAGCCGGAGCCCGAGUUCCACGUCGAGCCUGGAGCAGCCGUGCUCGCUGCGCUCCGAGCCCCCCAGCCGGCACCACACGCUGCCGCCCUACAUGUGCGCGCCCCCGGGAGCCGCGUGCUGGGCCCGAUGUCCCGCCGACGGCCUCGUCGAGCAGCCGCGGCCUCAGAACCGAGCGGCCCAGCCCCCGCGGCGCUGUGAAUGCAGACCUUCCUGGGGCCGAUUUACUCCAAUGGGCCGCAACAUCCUGGCCGCCGAGAAGCCGCCGACGCACAGCAUGCCGCUGUCCCUUGAGCAGAGGAGGGUGUUCGUCACGUACGAGGCGGACGACGACGCGCACCUCAACGAGAUCAUCAAUUUCGUCGCUCUGCUGCGACACAACGGCUUCGACACGCACAUCGACAUCUUCGAGCAGCAGUUCCGCAGCAUCAGCAAGAUCGACUUCAUGGAGCGCUACCUCAGUGAGAAGGAAUACCUGAUCAUCAUCAUCAUCAGCCCCAAGUACCACGAGACGGUCACCGCCUCCCGCGUCGGCCCCGACAACGACGAGAGGACCUGCAACACCGUCUACAUCCACAAACAGCUCCAGAAUGAGUUCAUUCAGAACGGAAGCAAGAAUUUCCGCUUCAUUCCCAUUUUGUUCCCCGGGGCUAAAAAGUGUCACGUUCCCAACUGGCUGCUGAACACGCACGUGUACGGCUGGCCGCGCGACCGCGACGACAUCCUGCGACGGCUGAUGCGGGUCGAGAAGUACAACCCGCCGCCCGUCGGGGAACUGCCCACCAUCGUCUCCAUCCCCAUAUAAAAGUUUUUCCUAUCCCUCGUCGGCCGCCUGAGCGCCGGCGGGCGGGGACUGACUUAACUGCUGACUUCAACUGAAAAUGAUGAUGGAAAAAAAAAAAAUUGUGCAGGGGGGGGGGGGUUCCGGAAGUCCACGACAAGGUCGGAAGAACUUUGGCGUCGGCGUGCCGGCUGGAAAACUUCAAAGACAAAAAGAGCUCACAAGUUCCCGCAGUUUUGCCUUUUUACUUCUUUUUUUUUUUUCAUCGGAAUUUCAAUAAUCAUCAAUGCUCAAUCAGUUUAAUCAUCAUUUAUGAUUUGAAAAUAAAGUUCUUAUUAAAAUUCUAUAAAACCUAUUUUGGAUAUAAAAAAAUAAAACCAAAUCAAGCAGUCUCAU